GAAAAGCAGUUCUACUGGAUAAACUACUUUGACUGAAAGGUAGUUCAACUCGAUAAACCUUCCAAAAUACUAUUGUUAUGUCACCUGUUGGUGCAGCCAGACAUAGGAAGAUUAACUGUUGAUCCAUAUGUGCUUCUUACACCAAGAAAAAAUGCUUUCUGUGUGACAAUGUUGUGUACCUUCCACAACUCCCAGAAGUGAGCCGACAUGACCUCUUGCGGACAGUUCCCAUGAGCCUCCUCCACAACGAUGGUUACCUGCCACUAGGUGUCGCUGUCAACCAGCAGGAUGAGGUCAAGGUUGACCGUCUGCUACUGAAGGAUGAGGACAGUGUAAAUGCCAUUGACUUCUAUGAUAGAACCCCUAUCCAGUACGCAGCCCAGAUUGGCAACUGUAACAUUGGAAGGAAGCUGAUCAAUGCAGGUAGUAACAUUGACCGUCUGGAUGGCUAUGGCGUGUCGGCACUGCACAUAGCUGCCUGUAAAGGCCACGAUUGGUUCGUGAAGCUGCUCAUCAACAUGGGGUGUUACAGAGAUCCCACAUCAAGCGAUGGGAUCAGCCCUAUCCACUGCGCGGCAGGCAAUGGACGUACAGACACAGUGAGGACAUUGCUAGAAGCUGGAGUGGACGUAAAUGUCCGCGGUCCAGGGAACCGGACGCCCCUCUACAUGGCUGCAGAGUGUGGCCACCUGGACAUUGUGAAGGCACUAGUGGACGCGAAGGCCAGACUCAAUAUUGCAAGUGAUUAUGGCCUGACACCGCUGUGUACUGCGGUGUUGAAUAACAAGACUGAUGUGGCCAUCUGUCUCAUCAAGAGCGGGGCACGGGUCAACAAGAGUGACUCCAAGAAUAACCUCCCCUUGCACCACGCUGUCAGGAACGGGAACAUCAGCAUCGUCCUGGAGCUGCUUAAGUCAGAUUGCGAUCGAAAUAUUUUAACGAAGAACUUUGAAAGUCCCAUCCACAUCGCAGUUCGAAUGGGUCAUGUCGGUGUGCUCCAAGCCCUCAUACAGCAAGGCUGUGACGUGAACCUCUGCGAACCCGUUGGCAACGUCACCCCCCUCCAUGUGGCCGUCAACGUUCACCAGGACUUUGUCGUCUUCAGUAAAAUAUUCUGCCAGCUUUUAGAAGGAGGUUGUAUAUUAAACUGGCGCGCAUUUAGCACCCUAGAAACUCCUUUAUACAGGGCAUUAGAACUGGAUAAGAACGAUAUCGCCAUUUUGUUGCUUGCACAUGGUGCUGAUCCCAAUCUUGCCUCACCCUUUGACAUCACAGCGCUGCAGAAAAGUUGCCAGCGGCAGAAAAUGAACAUAGCAGAAAUGCUGCUUAAUUGCGGAAUUCAGUGGAAACGAGAACGAUGGUUGAAGCAUUUCAAUCAACUUCAAGGGGAGAUAACUAACGAUUCAAAGGUUAAUGAUUUGUUGCGCGAGUGGAGGUUCACAACGACCUCCUUGCAGAAGACCUGUCGGAUAGCCCUGCGGCAUAUUCUUGGAGAGAACUUACAGUGCAAAGUCAGCCAGCUGCCGAUUCCAGAAAAAAUUCAGGAUUUCUUGAUGCUGAGUGAUUUAAUGUGAUGCUUCCAUGGUGCUGUUGUUGAUGCAGUUUUAGAUGUUGUUUUGAUAUGUUGUUGCUUAGUGGAGAGCAUUUAGUGAACUUCUUCCACUGUUUGUACCUGACGCAAGCUUAGUGCCAUUAGCCAUCAGGCAGCAGCCAAAACAAUGGUACAAUCUAUACCAUAUCCGGUUUCAGGUGCUCUUGCGUAACUUCCUUAUUAGCGAUGCCAAAUCUGAAAAGUGAACUUCUCUGCCGAUGUUAAUUUCUUCAAGAUAUCAUUUACUUCACAUAGUCCACUAUUUGUUUUCAUUCAGUCCCGAGGACCAAUGAAUGCUGUAUUUAAUGACGUCCAAUCACAGCCUCCGCCUGUCUACUAGUUUAAGUAGACAGGAGCCCAAUCUAAACAUUUAGCACCUUACAAACUUCUAUUUUAUCAUACUAUUGUAUCCUAUUGUUUGUUUCAAAAGUAUUCUGAGUACAUGUGACUGCCUUUGUUAUAAAGUGUCAUGCAUUCGGAGAGUACUUUGGUAGCAAUGAUCAAAAUUAAGGGGUCCUCGAGGUGUUCUGUAGUAUUUAAAUCUAGGGACCUCCUAGACUUUUGACGUUUGACAUAGGGUUUAUAACAAGGACCCCUUGACUUUCAUGCUUAAUUCUGAACACUGGGUUGUGUUUCUGGGAGGUUAUCCGUAUGUGUGACCUUACUACCCGUCAGGUAGGCAUGGAUGGUUUAAGGUGCUGUAGCUUGUUGUGCGGAGUUGUGUACCUUGUGUCAGGAUCCUCUGUUUGUGGAUUGAGAUCCCAGAUUUGUCAACUGCAUAGUAUUUUGAUAUUUUGUUACAAAAGUGAUAUGCCGGUGAUGAUUUAAAGGAGAGACAUUUUUUAGAUGAUUUUUUAGGCUCAUCUUGAAAAGGCUUGAAUUUUUAGGUUGGUCUUGAAAAGGCUUGAAUGUUUAGAUUUGUUUUGAAAAGACUUGAAUUUUUCAGGUUCAUAUAUAUCUAACAGCCUUAAAAUUUUAAGUUGGUCUUGAAAAGGCUGGAAUUGUUAUGUUCAUUUUGAAAAGGCUUGCAUUUUACCGGUUCACAUUUAAAAGUCUCGAAUUUUUAAGUUGGUCUUGAAAAGGCCAUGAAUUUUGAAUUUUGUCUUGAAAAGGCUUUGAAUUCUGAAGAUUCUGAAGAAAGCCUUGAACAUUUGGCAACUGACCAUAAGUCUGUAUUUUCAGAAAGUGCUUUAGAUGAGAACUGUUUUGGGAGUAGGUUUGAGAUGUUGUUGACAAUGUGUGAUGAAAGAGUGAAUAGAAGCAGUGUUAACAAGGUCAGAAAGUGACAUUGUAUUGACCUUAUGACGUCACAUAUUUAUGACAGCCAGCCAACCUGAUAGCAAGAUUGUAUUACAAUGUAAACUGAAAUGGAUAAAUUUUUGUAUAAGUUUGAGGUGUUCUCAACAAACCUAGUCGAGAGAACCUAGUCAACUGACCUUUAUAAUGUAUAUGAUAAUUACAGCUUUAAGAAUAUAUGAAGUGGAGAUGUGUUUUAGUUGGCAUCCAACGUUAUAUUUGUGCAGUGCAGGUGCUGUUCAAAAGUUGUACGUCAGAUAAAAAUGUUAAUUCCUCAACUGUUUGUAUCAAAUAAAAAUGUUAAUUCCUCAACUGUUUGUAUCGGAUAAAAAUGUUAAUUCCUUAACUGUUUGUAUCAGAUAAAAAUGUUAAUUCCUUAACUGUUUGUAUCAGAUAAAAAUGUUAAUUCCUCAACUGUUUGUAUCGGAUAAAAAUGUUAAUUCCUUAACUGUUUGUAUCGGAUAAAAAUGUUAAUUCCUUAACUGUUUGUAUCAGAUAAAAAUGUUAAUUCCUUAACUGUUUGUAUCGGAUAAAAAUGUUAAUUCCUCAACUGUUUGUAUCGGAUAAAAAUGUUAAUUCCUUAACUGUUUGUAUCGGAUAAAAAUGUUAAUUCCUUAACUGUUUGUUUCAGAUAAAAAUGUUAAUUCCUUACUUAUUUGUAUCGGAUACAAAUGUUAAUUCCUCAACUGUUUGUAUCGGAUAAUAAUGUUAAUUCCUUAACUGUUUGUAUCGGAUACAAAUGUUAAUUCCUCAACUGUUUGUAUCAGAUAAAAAUGUUAAUUCCUUACUUGUUUGUAUCGGAUAAAAAUGUUAAUUCCUUAACUGUUUGUAUCGGAUACAAAUGUUAAUUCCUCAACUGUUUGUAUCGGAUAAUAAUGUUAAUUCCUUAACUGUUUGUAUCGGAUACAAAUGUUAAUUCCUCAACUGUUUGUAUCAGAUAAAAAUGUUAAUUUCUUACUUGUUUGUAUCGGAUAAAAAUGUUAAUUCCUUAACUCUUUGUAUCAGAUAAAAAUGUUAAUUCCUCAACUGUUUGUAUCGGAUAAAAAUGUUAAUUCCUUAACUGUUUGUAUCGGAUAAAAAUGUUAAUUCCUUAACUGUUUGUUUCAGAUAAAAAUGUUAAUUCCUUACUUGUUUGUAUCGGAUACAAAUGUAAAUUCCUCAACUGUUUGUAUCGGAUAAUAAUGUUAAUUCCUUAACUGUUUGUAUCGGAUACAAAUGUUAAUUCCUCAACUGUUUGUAUCAGAUAAAAAUGUUAAUUCCUUACUUGUUUGUAUCGGAUAAAAAUGUUAAUUCCUUAACUGUUUGUAUCGGAUACAAAUGUUAAUUCCUCAACUGUUUGUAUCGGAUAAUAAUGUUAAUUCCUUAACUGUUUGUAUCGGAUACAAAUGUUAAUUCCUCAACUGUUUGUAUCAGAUAAAAAUGUUAAUUCCUCAACUGUUUGUAUCGGAUAAAAAUGUUAAUUCCUUAACUGUUUGUAUCGGAUAAAAAUGUUAAUUCCUUAACUGUUUGUAUCAGAUAAAAAUGUUAAUUCCUUAACUGUUUGUAUCAGAUAAAAAUGUUAAUUCCUCAACUGUUUGUAUCGGAUAAAAAUGUUAAUUCCUUAACUGUUUGUAUCGGAUAAAAAUGUUAAUUCCUUAACUGUUUGUUUCAGAUAAAAAUGUUAAUUCCUUACUUAUUUGUAUCGGAUACAAAUGUUAAUUCCUCAACUGUUUGUAUCGGAUAAUAAUGUUAAUUCCUUAACUGUUUGUAUCGGAUACAAAUGUUAAUUCCUCAACUGUUUGUAUCAGAUAAAAAUGUUAAUUCCUUACUUGUUUGUAUCGGAUAAAAAUGUUAAUUCCUUAACUGUUUGUAUCGGAUACAAAUGUUAAUUCCUCAACUGUUUGUAUCGGAUAAUAAUGUUAAUUCCUUAACUGUUUGUAUCGGAUACAAAUGUUAAUUCCUCAACUGUUUGUAUCAGAUAAAAAUGUUAAUUUCUUACUUGUUUGUAUCGGAUAAAAAUGUUAAUUCCUUAACUCUUUGUAUCAGAUAAAAAUGUUAAUUCCUCAACUGUUUGUAUCGGAUAAAAAUGUUAAUUCCUUAACUGUUUGUAUCGGAUAAAAAUGUUAAUUCCUUAACUGUUUGUUUCAGAUAAAAAUGUUAAUUCCUUACUUGUUUGUAUCGGAUACAAAUGUUAAUUCCUCAACUGUUUGUAUCGGAUAAUAAUGUUAAUUCCUUAACUGUUUGUAUCGGAUACAAAUGUUAAUUCCUCAACUGUUUGUAUCAGAUAAAAAUGUUAAUUCCUUACUUGUUUGUAUCGGAUAAAAAUGUUAAUUCCUUAACUGUUUGUAUCGGAUACAAAUGUUAAUUCCUCAACUGUUUGUAUCGGAUAAUAAUGUUAAUUCCUUAACUGUUUGUAUCGGAUACAAAUGUUAAUUCCUCAACUGUUUGUAUCAGAUAAAAAUGUUAAUUUCUUACUUGUUUGUAUCGGAUAAAAAUGUUAAUUCCUUAACUGUUUGUAUCGGAUAAAAAUGUUAAUUCCUCAACUGUUUGUAUCAGAUAAAAAUGUUAAUUCCUUUCUUGUUUGUAUCGGAUAAAAAUGUUAAUUCCUUAACUGUUUGUAUCGGAUAAAAAUGUUAAAAUGGGGUGGGGGGGGUAGUAGGCCAGCAAUUUGUUUUAUCUAACGUGUCAGUGAUUUUAAUGUUAAAGUCAAUAAGUAACAGUUGUAAUCAUCAUGUUUUCUCUUUGAAAAGAAAAAAUUCACUAUGGUAGAUAAAACAGGAUGACAUCCAUGAAAGAUUGAGCAUGGUCAAAUGUCUGGUGUGCUGUGUUUUGAUCAACUUUAUGUAGUACUACUAUGAAUUGAGUGUUUUUCAAAGUGUCUUUCUAAAUAUCGCAACAUUUUCACACUUACUGGUAAGGUACCCUAAACUUUUAGGGUGAGUUUGGAUGCUUAGUUCAGCAUGGGUGGAAACUGGACUUUUAUGGUCAAUUAAUUCCCUUGCCUUGGGAACACUGUCCAACUCUAUGUAGAGAAGAAGGACUAUAUGUCUCUAUUGCUAUGAGUAUUGUUAUGUGGUCGGGUAGCAAUGUAUUCUGUGUGCACAUUCAAAUUGUUUGGGUCACAAUAUGGUUGAAUUAUUGCUAACGUGACUUAAAAUUUUAACUCAACCACAAACAAUUUACAAGUUGGCUGCCGUUGAAGUGGUAGAAUGAAAUGAUUGUGUAAGGAUCAGGGCAGAAUGUUAGUUCUAGGGUUAUCUAGUUGCAACCAGGUUUCAUUCUCAACUCCCUGGGGAGUAUACAGAGGCACAUUCAAACAAAGACACUUUGUGGGGCGGUCGGGUAUCCUAGUGGUUAAAGUGUUCGCUCGUCACGCCAAAGAACCAGGGUUCGAUUCUCGACAUGGGUACAAUGUUGGAAGCCCAUUUCUGGUGUCCCCCGCCGUGAUAUUGCUGGAAUAUUGCUAAAAGCGGUGUAAAACCAUGCUCACUCACUCACUCUUUUACUGUGGAAACUCAACGUAAGAGGAGCCAGUCAAUUUCACCCGAUUACUGUGCUAUUCACAAGACCACAUGCCUUUUUAUAAGUAGUGGUUCGCUCAUAAAGCUAUCAAAUGAUUUAGUGAGUGGUAAGAAGUUUGUAACUGUUCCCAUCAUGAGCUUUGGUUUUACACUUCAGGAACAAGAUGGCCGCUGUGCGAGCGUAAUCAUCUUGACCUUCAAAGAUGGAAAUUACAACAUGUAUAAUAUUACUAAGGGAAAACUUUUAUUGAUAUCAGUAAAAAGUGGUAUUUAUAUACAUGUAGUUACAUACACAUAUUAUACAAGUCUUUACAAUAACUAAAAAAGUCUUAAGUAAUAUGAAACAAAAGCUGUAUUAUUAGUAAAGGGUGGUAAUUUUAUACAUGCUGUUAUAUACAAAUGUCUGCAAUGUCUAAUCGUCUUCAAUUCCUUGCAAGACCGCCUCUCUGGUCAGGUCUGAUUCUGCAUCAUAAAUAGGUUCAAGCUGGAGGAGUCUGCUGUCUGGAGGCAAUUGUUUACCUGAAUGUAGUGCUGUGAAUUCCUGGGGGAAUGACUGCAUUUGCACUAUCUAAUAGAGAUGGUUCUCUAUUUGUUCAAAACCGUUCAGCAGUCAAGAGUUGAGUGUCUUCCGGCAAGGCCGACCCAUCAAGGGACUAUUCAGCAUCAGCCACAUACACUUCCCAGGAAGUGUACUGCUCUGCAUAUGGCAGCUUGGUGUAUUCACAACAAUCGCCACACAUAACAGAAUUCUUUAUCUCUGUAUUGUCACAGUCUUUUGUCACUGGGGUAACUGGCCAAUGAUCAUGUGUCUGUUGUAAGAAAUCCGGCCCAUCUCACAAAUGCGAUUCCUUGAUGAGUUCUCUGAGCAGUUUGCCUUGAGUAAUGUCAUCGGCAGGAUUCCUUGAUGAGUUCUCCGAGCAGUUUGCCUUGAGUAAUGUCAUCGGCAGGAUUCCUUGAUGAGUUCUCCGAGCAGUUUGCCUUGAGUAAUGUCAUCGGCAGGAUUCCUUGAUGAGUUCUCCGAGCAGUUUGCCUUGAGUAAUGUCAUCGGCAGGAUUCCUUGAUGAGUUCUCUGAGCAGUUUGCCUUGAGUAAUGUCAUUGGCAGGAUUCCUUGAUGAGUUCUCCGAGCAGUUUACCUUGAGUAAUGUCAUCGGCAGGAUUCCUUGAUGAGUUCCCGGAGCAGUUUGCCUUGAGUAAUGUCAUCGGCAGGAUUCCUUGAUGAGUUCUCCGAGCAGUUUGCCUUGAGUAAUGUCAUCGGCAGGAUUCCUUGAUGAGUUCUCUGAGCAGUUUGCCUUGAGUAAUGUCAUCGGCAGGAUUCCUUGAUGAGUUCUCCGAGCAGUUUGCCUUGAGUAAUGUCAUCGGCAGGAUUCCUUGAUGAGUUCUCUGAGCAGUUUGCCUUGAGUAAUGUCAUCGGCAGGAUUCCUUGAUGAGUUCUCCAAGCAGUUUGCCUUGAGUAAUGUCAUCGGCAUGAUUCCUUGAUGAGUUCUCCGAGCAGUUUGCCUUGAGUAAUGUCAUCGGCAGGAUUCCUUGAUGAGUUCUCUGAGCAGUUUGCCUUGAGUAAUGUCAUCGGCAGGAUUCCUUGAUGAGUUCUCUGAGCAGUUUGCCUUGAGUAAUGUCAUCGGCAGGAUUCCUUGAUGAGUUCUCUGAGCAGUUUGCCUUGAGUUAUGUCAUCGGCAGGAUUCCUCUGUGUGUCAACACAUCGCCGGUUUUGUACGUCUGUAAGAUUCUGGAUUUCUGAUACUCGAGUUCCAACAAAUACUUUGUAUCUACACGAUUCUGACUUCAACUAAGCAAGUACAGUUGUAGAGUCACUCCACAAUAUCGCUCUCUGGUUUGGUAAAGUUAAUUCCUUGCACAACACAUCAGCUAGAUGAGCACCAGUGAGGGCUGCACAUAAUUCUAGGCGUGGCAUAGACAGCUGUUUCUUCAGGGAAACCUUUGAUCGUGCCAAAAGGAAACUUAUCAGGCCAUUAUGACGCCCGUUGUUAGGUGAUGUCAUAGGAUAGAGAUAGGUGACUUCACGUUGACUAGUGACGUCAUCUGGUUUGUUCUAUGUAGUUUCCAUAUUUGUAAAAGUGGGUCAGUGACAUUCAUGUCGAUUGCAGUAAAUUUUUAAAAACCGAUGUUGUUGUUUCUUUUUAUUUGAUAAUAAAUUCCAUCCAUUUUAGCUGUAAUAACGGUAAGGCUAUUUUUCAGAGCAUUUUCAUUUGCAGAAGCCCUUUGUCUUUUCAACUGCCCUCAUUCGUAGGGUCGUUAAUGGAAGACCUCGGGCUUCUGCAAAUGAUAAUGUCCCGAAGAAUAGCAUUACCUUUGUAAUAUAAUGGAAGGGGACAUAGGCAAUGGGAGUCACACAUUGUACCAAUGUUGCAAAUCGAACCUGGGUCUUCUGCACGACAAGCAAACUGUUUAACCACUAGGAUAUCCCACCACCUUCAAAGUGUCACCUUGAACCACUAAUCAGUGUCAUUAAGUUAUAUGAAGCAGUGGUGUAGCCCAAUCAUCUAAGGCGCUGCAAUUCACUGUGCAGAGUUGUGUCCCUUUUGGCAAACCAGGAACCUAUGAUCAUUAGUUCGAAUCCUGGGUUGCCUGAUUUUGUUUCUAGGUUUGUCGUAAACAGUUCAGACAUGCAUCACUUCGGUGUUUCCCUUCCACGUUAAGCUGACAUGCCGUGAUAGGACUGGAAUACUGUUGAAAGUGGCAUGAAACAUUUCACUAACUCACUUUUAUCAAUAAUGGCAUGUUUUACCUUUGAAGAUAUUUUUUUUUAUGACAUGCUUGUAAUCUAAAAAUUCUCCAGUCACCGAAAUAUUGCAAAUGCCACAUUGCAUUUUACCUCUCUUGAUAUUAAGGGGCACAAUAGGCCUAGUUGCCUUAUGUCACAGUAACUCACUCCGCAGAGUUGCAUCCCCUGGCUGUGCAAGGAUCUGCUAAUCAUGAUCCUUCAUUUGUCAGGAACAUACCCAUGCUUGUUGGUUUAACCAAAGUGUUAAAUGUCUCUAUAAUCUAAAAGUGGGUAACAUAUUUUUAUGGAAGAUGGUUAUUUAUCUUGGUGUAGCUGUGUUUGUGUGAAUGUGUAUUUAUUCAUGUUAAUAUUCAUGUUCCUGCCUGCAUGUAUACAAGUGUGACAGUGUGUAAUAAGCUCUAUGUUCUGUUGUCCAUCCUAAUGUAAUGCUAGAUGCAUCGUUUGUUUCAUGGAGUUUCUUGGCUAAUAUUAAAGAGACAGAAGAAAAAGCAUAGUUUAAUCAAACUACAGAGAUGAUAUUCUAAAUUCAAGUUUUUGUACUUCUACAAACUUCUCUGUACACAAUUCCAUGAAACAAGAAAUACAUUUUGUCUUACCUAAUAUAAUGGGAUUGAUAUAUUUAGGACAUAACACGUUUUCAAUGUAGAGCUAGGUUACCUGCAGAUUUAACCCCUCUAAAUUGAAUUUGAAACCUAAGGUGCAGUGUGAGGUUUCAAAUGUUAAAUUUAGUGAGGUCAAUUUUAAUCUUGACUGAAGUGAUGGUAAGUGAAAAGGAUAGAUGAAUUGACCAUUCUAACUGCAGUUGAAACAACAGAAACCAUGGCAACAAGACCGAACAUGGGUGUAAAAGAUGGCAUUACUGAAGCAUUGGUUGUUCUUAACCCUGAUGGGUUAGUGGGAUGUGGCAUUCACAGUAUUUAGACAUUUAAAAACUAGGUCUUAUCAGGGUAACAUAAAUAUGCAAUGAUAUUUAAUAAAUAAUGCAAUCAUCAUGGGAUUAUGUUGUCUUGGUGGAAUUUAUCCUGUGUUGGGUGAUGUGCGAUAUAGACAGAUCAUUCAGUAAUUAAACAAUGGAGAUGCA